CAAGUGCGCUAAUCGUCCUCUACGUUUUGUAAGUUCCUUAUCCUUUUUUUUCGUGAUGUUUGUUGAAGAUGCCGACCACGCGCAGUCGAUGUCUUAUUGAAGAAAAACAAUGACCAAUUGCAAUUCCAUGUAGAGGCGGCGCGCAACCUGAACAUCAACCGAGGCUAAACUUAAACAAAGAAACGCAUACGCCAACAUGCCGCGCGUCGCCCCUGUGGGCGACCAGAAGUAUGCGGUGAGGCGCCUGGUCGCCGAGAAGAACUCGCUUUUCUUUCCUCUGGCAUUUCUGUUUGUGAUGCGCAUCCUCAGUGCUUUGUACGCACCGAUGGACGACUGCGACGAAGUUUUCAACUACUGGGAGCCCGUCCACUACCAGAUCUUUGGACACGGCCUGCAAACGUGGGAGUACAGCGAGCAAUACGCCUUGCGGAGCUACGCGUAUCUGCUCCUCUUCACCGUUUUUGGGCGGAUCUACCACAUUUCCUUCUCGGGCUUUCUGCUGCCACUACAGUUAUUAGUUGGAGGAGGUUCCACGACACCUGGUGUAAAUUUGAGUUUUCCCGAAGAUGUAGAAGUUCAGGAUCCUGGUGGUAUCUCGUCGUGGUUCUUGACAAGAUCUGGCAACAUCUUACCUGCACUUAUUCCCGGGAAAGGAGCGGAGAAUUUGACACUCGAGCAGACGCUAACACGCACGACGCUUUUUUACGCGAUUCGGAUUUUUUGCGUCGCGAUACCGUGUUUUCUGAGCGAGCGCUUCCUCGUGUACUCUUUGCAACGGCUGGAGGAGCGAUGGGGCGGGCGGCACUGGCAGUGUCCGAUUGAACAAAUAGAGGUGCCAGACCCGGAGCUGGAGCGAGAGGGGGCGCAAGCGUCACGUGGCGGCAUGAUGACGAUGGAAGUGGCCCCUGCCAGCGGGGACGAGCAGGACCUUCCCGCCAGCGGGGACGACGAUGUCGACGCCGGGACCAGGCGACGGGACCGAGACGCGGACGCAAACUGGAGAGAUGUCGAGGACGAGCGAACGUUGCGAUCCGAGCUGCGGCACCGAGGCGGGGUGAGACCACCGCGGGCAUUGGCGAUGAACCAGCCGGCAACGCAGCGGCGCGACUGGUUCAAGCGGACGCCGCAUCACUUGUCGGCGCACCUAGCUUGCGUCCUCGCGACCACGCCUGGGAUGUUCAUAGCGUCCUCCGCGAUGCUGCCCAGCACCUUCUUCAUGAUCGGCGCAAACUUCGUCUGGGGUGCGUGGAUUCGCGCGUACGCGACCUACGGGCCCUGCCGAUACCUCACGGUAAGUAGAGCGCAUACUCUUUUUUAUCUUCUUCUUCAUAUCGAAGUUCUUGUGUACUAUAGCUUUAUCGAUUCAUGAAAAACAAAAGGAAAGAGAUCAUGUAUGAUCGGGGGGCACCUCGACCUCGAGAUAGGUCUUGAGCUUCACGAUCUUGAGUAGAGGGCGUUGAUUGUUUCACUCUAAAUGUAAAUAGACAUGUUACCACCUUCUAUAUCCUAUUCCUGCUGUGAACUACUUCCAACUGUUUUCUACACAGCACAUCCGGCACACCCGAGGCCUGAACGCUAGCCGGUGGAAUUGGUGGCUUUUUGGAACUUUCGCUUCCAUCGCCACGACGCUGUGGUCGGGUUGGCCCUUCGCCGCGCUCAUUUUCGUCGCUUUCGCCCUCGUGUAUCGUGAGAAAAAAGUGUUACAGUUACACAUUCUGUUGCAGGAGCCGCAAGACAGCCAACCUUUGUCAUGCAGGAAAGGCUUGCGAGCCUCGUUUCCUACGUGUUUUCCCUUAAGAUCUUUGCAUUACUGCCACACAGAGAAAAUUUGUGAUGCAGAAACUCCAACAAAUGUGUAACUGUAACACUUUUUUCUUGUGAUAUCGUGGCGCUUUCGUCUAAUCGAAGGCGUUUAUUCCGACUCGUUUUCUAUGCGGGGAUCUUCGCCGCGUCGCUCGCUUAUUUCGUUUCCCUGGUCGACUGGUAUUUCUAUGACCAGAAACCUGGGACCUUCGAGAAGCUUCCGCUGUUCAACAACAUUCUGUACAACGCGCCGCAGUCUGUGAAAAGGCUGUACUUUCGCGAUCAUCCUGGUGGAAUGCCGCCGGGCAGUGAGCUCUACGGCGUGGAACCGAUGACCUUCUACGUCAAGAACCUCUUUCUGAACUUCAACACCCUGUUCAUCUGUGCGGUCGCAGCGAUACCCUUCGUCACCGUGCGAGGCAGAUGGUUCCGGACGUGGUAUUUAUGCAAGGGAAGAGAGAUAAUCAUGCUGAAUGGAUUCGAUAAUCAUUCAGUGUUGGUGCGAUUUUUCGACUGGUCGUUUAGAAUAAAGCAAUAUGAAGAGCAAGCUAAGUAGUCAAGCAGCAUCUUUUUUUUAUAGCGGCAGAACAGAGCGUCAGCGUUGCAACACCGUCACCGACCUCCUGUGCAAAGUCACUCUCUUCCCCUGAAGACUAGUUUAAUUCGCAGUCCAAUCGAGACGAGGUGGACACGGAUGCGGUGCUGUUUCUCACUGACGGGGAGAUUUUCCGCCACCUGGUCGUAGGUUUGGUCGCAUGGCUGGGGUUGUUGAGUAUGCUACCGCACAAGGAGGAACGAUUCUUGUUUCCGGUCUACCCCUUGAUCUGCCUCUACGGGCUGGUAUAUGAUUGAAGAUGAUGAUGAUGAUGCAGCAUAUACGAUGAUAUUUUUUCCGUAAAAAUUUUGUUGAUGUCAAUUAGUGAGUCGCGUGUUUUGAGUUGUAACAAGUGCGUGCGCGGCGCCCCAUAAUUGAUUCUUCAUUUCUCCCAGGAAGUGAGCCAAAUUGAUAUAAGUUUAAGUACAAACCAACGCAGAUUGGCCUGGUAUGGUUUUCGCCGAAUAUCAAGUCCUAUUGGGUGGCUUCCGUGCCACUCUCCCUUAUCCGGAUUUUCGCCAUAGUUUUCUAUUACUCCGACCCGAUAAAUCGUGUGUGGAUGCGGGCACUGACGCUGUCUUACGCAAACCCUGGGAGCACGUUCUGCGUCGGUGACCAGUGGCACAAAUUCCCAAGUCACUUUUUCCUCGAACCAAACGCCAGGCUGCACUUUCUGCAAACUCCGUUCGACGGAAUACUGCCGGGACACUUUCCCCUGGCGGAAGUGAAUCCGGAUCUGCAGGACUUUUUAGCGGGAUCAAUAGCAACAGCAGCCAAAACAAACUCAACAACAGCGUCCAUAUUAGUGCAGGAUGAAUAUUCCCCUCCAGAAGGACCCGCUUCGUCAGGCGGACGACGAGCGGCCUCGUCGCCGUAUUUCGCAGCCUCUGGCGCGCUCCUUUUCGACGCCUUUUCGAAACUUAAGAGCGAGCACUUGUAUUCGAAGCCAAAAGUAGUGGAGACCUCUGCGUUUCAGAAACCGGACCACAAGAACAAUUACAACCGAACCCCAAAGUUCAACAACCAAAACAAGGAGGAGCCGGAUCGGUAUGUUGGCAGGGAAAAAUGCGACUUCAUAAUCAACGGGAUCAGUAAAGCGUUGUUGCUCAGCUUUGUGAAGGAGGACGAAAAUAACAACAGUGAGGCUGCUGGUAGUGAAAGUAGCCGCAAGAUGCUAUCAAAUGUAAAAAUGUCUGGGUCUGGAAGAAAGCCACGUUUGUCAUGCAUAUUUUGUAUGUCUCAUGAUGCUUGUAAUGCAUCACCUAGCAUCACAGAUUUUUAGAGGGCUUCCUGAUGCCUCUCCCGCAUGACAAAUGACCUCUCCGCGUAGCACAAACUGGACCCCUCUUGCUGGUCAUGCAAUACAGAUUUUUUUCGAAUUCAAAGACAGCAUCACAAGUUGCAACCUUCCAGACCCAGACAUUUUUACAUUUGAUAGAUGCCGCACUACUGCCAGCCUGUCGUGGACAACAGCGCGUCCCGGUUUAUGGGAGUGUCAGGUUUGAAAUCGACAAAGUUGAAAUAAUUUGUCAUUGUCAUGCAUAAAAUGCAUGACCCGCGGCACGUGUGUUGCAGAGCAGGCAAGUGAGGCCGAUUGUAAGCCUGUUUGGGGUUACAGCUCGAGCUGCUAAAGUAGCAUGAGAAAAUCGCUCUUCUUUGCCUAAACAGCAUGACGCAGUGGAUUUAGGGACCACCGAAAUUUGUCUUGCGCCACUUGGAAACUGGGUUCCAAUUGGCAUCCAUUUUAUGCAUGACAAAUUAUUUCAACUUUGUUGAUUUCAACUCUGACACAUCCAUACGGUUCCCGUUUCGGUCCUUCUACUUUCUGCCAACAGAAUCCAGCAACCCCAAUGUGCAGCAAAACCUGAUCCGGAAAUUUUUGGAAUUCCAAUUUUUCUGCAUCAUGGCUGGCAAUGUGAAGCCACCAGCGGGGGCGGAAUUGGACCCCCAUACGGCGCAUGUAUUGAGGUACACGGCCGAUGAGGAGAGACCGACCACCAGCUCGUAGGUCCAAUUCAUUAUUGAUGGAUCAUUGCAAACGCAAAGCAGAGCAGCAAUUAUAGCAAGAAAUGGAAUUGCGUAGAAGUUGUCGUGAAGAUACCCUCUUCGUCCUGUUAACCUGUCGCGCAUGAUAAAAGACGAUGAG